AGAGGCUCGGUUUACUGUCUUUGUUUGUCCGGAGCUGUUUUGGCUUCAGACGAACCAGAGACUCGAACCGAAGAGACGGACCUGCGCUGUUGGCUGUAACUACUGCGUUAUUCAUUUGUGUAUAACUGUUUAAUAACCGGGACCGAGAUGCCGUCCGACAGACCCUUCAAACAAAGGAGGACAUUUGCUGACCGGUGCAAAGAGGUCCAGCAGAUCCGCGAGCAGCACCCCAACAAGAUCCCCGUGAUCAUUGAACGGUAUAAGGGAGAGAAACAGUUACCCGUUUUGGACAAGACCAAGUUCCUGGUACCGGACCACGUCAACAUGAGCGAGCUGGUCAAAAUCAUCAGGCGCCGACUGCAGCUGAACCCCACGCAGGCCUUCUUCCUGCUGGUCAACCAGCACAGCAUGGUGUCGGUGUCUACGUCCAUCUCUGAGAUCUACGAGCAGGAGAGAGACGAGGACGGCUUCCUCUACAUGGUCUACGCCUCGCAGGAGACCUUCGGCCGCUGCUAGGGAGGGAGAGCGGGGACGUCCUCGGGUGCUGUGAGAGAAGAAAGGGCGGACGACCAGAAACUCCGCCUCCAGCAGCGCCUUUUCUCCCCCACCCCCCUCUCUUUCUCUCUGUUGUAGUCGAGCACCUUCUUCACUUUGGUCAGCCAGUAGCUCCGAAACCCAGAGAAUAUCCUGUGUCUCCUUCAAAAAAAAAUCCGAUCGGAUUUUCCUCCCUUCUUCUGUUGGCCCCCCACAGGCUGAGUUCUCUUAUUUUGAAAGGGUGACACAAACCGACUAGUGAUAAAGAAGUUUUUAAACGAUGUCUCGAUGAUGCGUGAUUGAUUAACCGAUCGGUUUUUCCUCCGUUACGCUACACACGUAUCAAACUUGAAACCAGGCAGGCGGAGGUCAGGGUGUAGCCUGAAGGAGUCAAAGCUGAUCAGUGCAUCAGCAGAUGUGUAAGCUAGAAGAUUAGAGUCUGAGAAGUUUCAUUUUUUCCUUUUUAAACUCAUUUUGAAUCUGUUUUUUUGUUGUUUGAAACGUAGUUUAGUUUGUGUUUGUAGCUCCCAGUUUGUUUCCUGUCAGCCGAAGCUCAGCGCGCCGCCGCUGGCCAACCAUCGGCUGACAAUCGGGCUCAAGAUUACUGUGAUCCUCAUCGAGCUGUUAGCAUUCACAGUAAUUUUCCAUGUGCAAUAUUUCUCCUGACACUAACGCUGAAAAACACUCGCCGUUCAUAUCGUCUGUCUUCAUUCACGACCCCGUAAGCACAACGGCGCGAGGUCCCGAAGACACUCAGA